AUGGCCGUUAUCUAUGAAGUUCUGCAAAAACUAUUACUAGGAAAAGCUGCAGAGAAUGACAAGAAAACUUUAGUUUUUACAUUGGGAGAGGAAGCCAGGAAGAAUAUAGGAAAUAUUGGAGAAGACGGGCAGAUUACAAUGAGCCUAAAAAUGAUAGAAAAUAAUAGGAAGAAUGUACAUAUAUUAUUUUUAAACAGGCUACAAUAUUUAUUUAUGUAUCUGAUGAAGUUAGAGGCCGAUAAGGAUAAGUUUCAGUAUGAUAAUCUGAUUUUAUAUGGCCUUGAUUCGUUGAUUGCACAGUACAACACUGAAGACAAUGCUGAAGAUUUGAAUGUUGAACAAAUUAGGUUAAGCAAUUUGAUUUUCAAUUCAAUUUUCAAGAUUAAAAGAAAGUAUGAGAUAGAUAUGUUAGAGUUUAUACCAAUCGAUGAAGGAGCUCAAAUUUCUUUGGGUUUGCUCAAAAUUGAAAAAUAUUGGAAAUACGUAUGUUAA